CGAUUGGCAGGUAUGAAAACAUUAUCUAGACCCAAUUUGGUUGUGAUUUCAAGACAAAAGUUGAAAAUGACCACUUUGGCACAUAAAUCGUUGUUUUGAUGAAAUCUCACGAGUUCGCGUGCCCACCGACUCAUUAUUUCCGGUUUCGUCUGUCAACACAUGGUUUCGUCUGUCAACACAUGAUCAGGGUGAAUAAAGUUUACUGUGAGCACUGUAAUCAAUAUGUCUCACGUAAAACAGCAUACAAUCACAAGAGAUGGCUUACUAACAAUGAUAAAGCAAGUGCCCCAUCCUUGAUUGACCAAAACAAAGAGGAGGUUCCAGAUCUGGUGUUCUGUCCAACCAUGUUGUUCAACAAUGAAUUUUACACCUCGGAAGGAUAUGGGCAGUGCAGCACCCCUGACAUUAUCAUGGACCGAUGACAGAUCCAACAUAUCAGCAUCAAGUUACCGCUCAGGAAAGAUAAAAUACUUCCUGAAACACACAAUUGAGACAACCGGGGAAACUUUCACAGACCAUAUAUUUGCUGUUGUCGAGUGGUACAAGUCAUCGGACUCCAACCUCGGUUAUUUGCCACCAACCUGAGUUUGGCAAAGCAGACAACUAAGCCCUGGACCUGCCUCAUUCAUCCCAAUCCACAGAAUCCAGUCUAAGUGUGCCUGGUGCACUGAGAGAGCUGGACAAAGGCCAUAUUUAAUUGUUGUUCCUUUACCUCACCAUUUGUAUGUAUAAAUACAAUGUUUUUGCGCAAUCUUUUGUGUAUGGUAGUGUAAAUAUGAUACUACCUCAUUUCUCUGUUGAUAGUGAAAAAACAAAGAAGGGAAAGAAAUGAAAGAAAUGAAAA